AUGAGCAUCCCCGAUGACACUUAUACUUCGUUUACUAGAACCGACACAGACGCGCCUGUCAUUUCGUCUUCUCGACGUUCAAAGUCGAAAGACCAAGAAUUAACCAGCGAAGAAGCCUUAAAAAAAUUGAUUCAAGCGGCGAAUCACAUUCUUGCUGAGCACCGAAAGAGUCUACCCAAAAUAUCAGUGCUAACAUGGACACGAGAAUUCCUCUCUCGUAAAGAUUCCAAAUUGAUAAUUCUAUCUGUUAUCUUAUUGAUUGCUUUCUACGCUUAUGGGGCAAUAAAGAGUGAUCGAUAUCAAUUCCGUUUGACUGGAAUCCUCGUGGAGGCCAUUAUGAUUCUGUUAAUGCUAAUAUGGAAUGGAUUUCUCUACUUCAGAGAGAAAAGAGCUUCUUUGUUAGAAUUGACUCUGAGGGUUGAAAAGAUUAUUGAACAAAUGAAAACGACAGAAAUAAAAAACAUUCAGGAAAUGAGGAUCCCAUUCGUUCCAUCAAUAACAUUUACAAAAGUAUUCCGGGAUGGAAUAGAAAGUACAAUACCAACAUACCUUCUGGUAGAAGGUGACAUAGUUGAGCUAUUCUUUGGUGACGUAGCUCCAUGCCAGAUGCAGUUUAUUGCACCGACAGACGCCGAUCUCUCCCCAAGUAAACUGACAUUAAAUACAAAUGAAGUGUUUAAACCAUCAUUUUUCUCAGAACCCGAGCCGCAAUUACUACUGGACAAUCACAUUUCCAAUCGUGGUCGAUAUAGAUUCAAAAUAAUAGAAACGCCAUGGGCGAACAAUCUUAAAUGUGUACUUAAUCAACGGCGCCCUGCAACUGUGCUGUGCAGACAGGCCCAAGUGCUGGAGGAUGUAUUUUUUAAGAAAGCUAUAUUCAUUAUAUUUGCUAUUGUUUUCCUUAUGACUUUACCGAGAUAUAUCGUGUACGAAGUGAUCAAAAGCGAUCGACGAAAUCAAGCGCUUGAGUCUUUAAUCGUGUUACCAGUAUACUGCAUUUUACCAAUCCUUCCAUUUACGUUCCCUACACUUUGGUUGGUCGUGCGUAGUUUUAGUAAUGCUACUGUACUCGUGCUGUUCGAGUUACUUCAGAUAUCAAAGACAGAUUAUGAAGACGAUGAUGAAGUGGACGAAUUUGAUGCUGAAGCUCCACCGCCCACUAAGAAUGUGCAUCUGGAUCGAGCUGCUGUAUGGAGUAAAUUUCGUUAUUUAUUAACACAAUGGGAUUUAUCUGCAUUGCCUCGGACAAACAAUCUUUUUGAGUCACUGGGAAGCACUACUGUUAUCUGUUCACUUGAUCGAGAAGGGACAAUAUCGUCUCCAUAUCCUUCGGUUAAGCAAAUAUUCUUUCCCAUCGAGAACGAAGAGACGACUCGACUUGACGUUGCAGAGGAUCCUGAGAUGCCAUUUGGUGUCAGGUUUGAAGAUCAAGACUGGUCGCAAUAUAUGUCAUCCUUGAAACCGCUGGGUCUUAAUCUCCUACUCAAUACAACUUGUGGUGCUCUCCAAGGCCGCAAGCGCAUCGAUCAGCAUCAAAAAUGGUCCAAGCUCCACCGUUAUGCCAAAACUAAACCAGCCAGGCAAUCUUGCUUAUGCCAAUUGGGCAAGGAAAUAGGAUUUACUGACGAUGCCCUUCAGGCAUUCGUCAGAAGGAAAGAGAUUUACGCUUUUGCUCCUUAUCAUCCAUCACUACGCGAGCGCAUACGUGAUGACCAAUGGGAAUUACCAAUUAUGGUUUCGUUGAUAUAUGAAGAGGAAGGAUCGGGGAGUUAUCAGUUAUUAUCCGAAGGACACGCGGAAGUCAUAUUGGAUAGCUGCUCUGAUUAUUGGGAUGGACGAGGAUUGAGACCUAUGAGCCAAGCGAUGGAGAAGAAAAUAUACGAUUUCUACCAAAACGCCAUUGUAAACGACCUCCAAUGCAUAGCCUAUGCCUACCGUCCAAUAAACACCGAAAAUGGCAACCCCAUUCCUUUUCUUGAUUCUCCUUCGUCUUCUAACAUUGCAUUCAUCAUGCUACCGCCUUCCGAAGAUUAUGUCGUAUACGCGGCAUCCGGCUCUAACGUCUCGAUCACUACCUCUAAUCCUCCUUCCCUCUCCACCACGCCAACCGAUCUCUCCAGAUCACAACUUAUCAGACUGAAACAUCUUCAGGCUGGUCAACUGGAAGCUAAUCUUCAUGAUUUUGUAUUCGAUGAUCGAGUCACGCAUAAAGAUGAAGAAAAGUUCUAUAGGGAAGUGAUAAACGGGCAGAUAUUUUUAAGUAUGGCAACAUUAGGUCAUGAACCAAAAGUGGAUGUGCGAGAUUUUAUUGAGGAUCUCAAUUUAGCGGGCAUUAGAUUUGUCUACUUUUCACCGACAGCAGAACGUGAGAGCAAAGCUUACGCCGAAGAACUCGGUCUCGAAACCGAUUGGAACAGUUGUAUACUUCUAUCCUCCCCUGGUGACGCAAAUUCGUCUUCUAUGGGCUAUCGUGAACCGCACGACAUCAAAGCUCGCCUCCCACGAGGUGUUGGCUCUAUCCGCAGUCACCUUACAAAAGUCGACGACAUUCCAUUACACGUCUCACUUUUCGCCGAAUGCACACCCUCUACAACUCUAGAAAUGAUGAAAAUAUUUCAAGAAUACGGAGAAGUCGUAUGUUGUAUCGGGAGUUCCCUGAACGCAGCUAACGCGCAAGCAUUUGCAGUGGCUGAUGUUAGCGUAGCUAUGGAGCCGAUGCACACAAGGGUGCAGAUGAGAAACGGAAUGUGGUGCGCGAGCGGACGUGGAGUAAAGGAGGGAUUGGCUGUUGGGGCCAUGUUGAACAGUUUGCCAUGUGCAUUGUUCAUGCAAUAUGACACUAGUCUUUAUGCACUAACCGAUGUUAUCAGAGAGGCAAGGAGGUUGACGAAUGCGGGUGCUGCAUUCCUCAUAGGCAGCUAUUUGGCAACGUCCAUUCUUUUGAUUCUCUCUUCUUGCCUUUUUUUGCCACCUAUCUUCACUGGCUAUCAAAUACUCUGGAUAAUGUGGAUUAUUUGUCCCAUGCUGGCUUUUUCAUUCUUGUUUAAUCCCCACGAAGCUGAUACAAUGACAACAAUGACUGGGAAGAACAACGAACAUCUAAAAGAUUUCAAGCGCUUUGUCAUCUAUUUCGUCUUACGAUUCUUUCUGCCGAUCUGUUUCUGUAUUGCUGUGUUUGUUAGUUCGCUGUAUUAUUUCGAUGGACAACAUGAUCUCUCUUUUGUUUUCGGAUCUUAUGGAAAUGUCGAUUGGUUGAAAUUGGAUAGUGACCAGCAGUGGGCCCUUGUGUAUGCUCAGAAUUAUGCCUUGUUUGCGUUUGUAUGGUAUCUGGCAUGUACUUCGAGUACAUUCGUUCAUCGAACUCUUUCGUUGCGCGGUUUUCCGCCAUUCAAGAACAGAAUGUGGGUCGCCAUGUUCUUUGCCAGGUAA